AUGUAUAUUGAUGAAUUGCCGGUUGGAUAAUAAAAGCAAAAUUUCAUGGUGGAAGAGUUCCCUCCAGAUUUCGAUCCUUAGUAAUUUGAUAAAGUUGAUUUGCCAUUGAAGUAAAGAAUAAAAUCAAAGGUUUGGAAAGUAAGACUUCAAGCAUACGAGGAAUUGGCAAAUGAGUAAGAAAUUGAGUAUGAGUGCAUUUUAUAAAUAACACAGGAUAUACAUGUUUAAUGCCAAGAGAAGGCUCUCUAAAUAGCACUAAAAUAUUUUGAAUAGCAUCAUUAACUAGAAUCUUCACAACAGAAAGAGAUAAUAAAAGUGUUGAUAGAAAAAGUGUUAAUAUAAUAGAAAUUAAAACAAAAUGGAUAUUAAUUGGCCAUUAUACUCUUUCCAUAUUGUAAAUAAGCUAUUUUUGAAAUUAUAAUUGCAGAGUUAACUCAUAAAAAUCCUAAAAUAGUGUAAGCAACCAUCAGUCUGUUAUUGGAGUUACUUCAAUAAUAUGGUGUCAAGAAAUUAGAUAAUUUAAAACCUUUUUUCCCCAUCCUAUCAAAACUAACGGAGGCAUAGUAAACUACAAUAAAGGUUGAUGCAAUAUCCUUUUAUAAAGAAGUGACAAGAUGGUUUGGAAAGAACAUUGAAGCAUUUUUUAGUGGAUUGAAUGAGAAACUCCAAUAAGAGCUAAAGAAAAUUGCAGAAACAAUAACAGAAGUUCAAAAAGCACCUAGUCAAGAUGGGGAUUUUGAAACAGGAAAUUAAUAAUUGUAUGAUUUGGCAGAAGCAGUUGAAGUAUUUCCUAAAUUCACAGAUUCUUGGUGUGAAAAGGUUUUUUAACUUGAGAAAUGGUAAGAGAAAAAGGAACAAUUAGAAAAUUUAUAAAAAGCAUGCUCGGUAACAAAAAUGAUACCAUCACCAAAUGUGUAUUCAAUUGUAUAACUUUUGAAGAAAUUAAUCAACGAGUAAAACAUAGCCAUAUGUAUAAUGAGUAUAAAGAUAGCUGGACUUUUGGCUAAUGGAUUAAGAAAGAAUUUCGGUUAGUAUGUUAAAAUACUAAUACAACCAUUAUUCGCAAGACUUAAGGAUAAAAAGUAAAGUAUAGUUGAUGAUACAAUAAUAUCAUUAAAAAAGUUCUUCCAUUGUUGUACACUUGAUGAUCUAUUUGAAGAAAUUAAGGCUUUAUUAGAUGAUAAGGCAUCCAGCCCAAAACUUAAUGCUUUUUUACUGGUAGAGUAUUGUUUAGAUGAAAUCACAAAAGAUAAACUAGUUAAACUUCAUUGUAUAAAAUAAUUGGUUCCAAUUUGUAAGAAAUUAAGUGACGAUGGAAAUGCGGAAGUCAGAAGCAAAGCAAUUAUGUUAUUGGCUAAAGUAUCUGUAUAACUGUAUAAUGGUUCAAUGGCUCGAUAGAUCUAAAGGGAGACAAAUUUACAAAGUAUCAAGCCCAAGUUAACAUUUAUCUUGAAGGAAUUAAAGCUCUAUAAGGCAAUAGUACAGAAAUCUAAUGUACACAGAAAUCAACUUAAUAAUAAAAUAAAGAAAAUAUCUAAUAAAAUUAACAAGUCAUUACUUCAAAACCAGAAGUUACUCAUUAAACUAAGCCGUAACCCAUAGUACAACAAUAAGGUAAUUAGGAAGGCCUAAGAUUUAAAGUAUCAAUCUACAAUGACUACUAACUAAGUUGAGGUGUUUUUAAAAUAGUAUAAAACAAAAAAUAAGGAUAUGAAUGAACUUGGAAAUAUUUUAUUAACUAUUAAUUAAUAAUCUAAGUAAAUUUUAACAUUCAUUAUGGAUUACAUUGUUGAGAAAUUAGGAGAUUAAAAAUAACUUUGCUAUUAACUAUUUGAAAAAUGCUUCUAAUCAUAUAAGCCAAAUCAUAUAUCUCAACUUAUAAUCAGCUUUAAGAAUGCUCCUACUUAGGUGUAAUUAAUUGAAGUCUUGACUUUAUUACUUAAAUACAUUCCUUUAAGUGAUAAAACAAUUGAUUAAUAGUUAAUUUCAGAAUUUUUAAAAGGUUUUCAAAAUCAAUCAAACUAAAAGGCGAAGCUACUUGUAAUUGAUUGCUAGAAUGCAUUAAAAUAAUUGUUUGAAAUAAAAAAGGUUCCAUCAGAAACAAAACCAGCAAUUCCAUUUUCAUUGACAUAAUUUAGUGAUCUAUAAAUUGAACGAUUGAAAGAACAAUUAAAAGUACCUUAAAUCCCUUAGAAUUUAUAUGAUAAAUUGUUUAGUUACAAUCCUUAAUAAAAUUUAGCUGCUGCAUCUUAUGUCAGAUAAAAAAUUGCAUAGCCAGCUGAAUUCACAGAAAUCUUUUUUAAAUGGGGCUAUUUAAUCUCAUGGUUUAAGGAAAGCAUCCCUUUGCAAACAGAAAUAAUGAUGCUAUUUUAACAUCUGACUUCUUAGCAUAAACUCACAUAACUGGAGCAUUAAAUUAUAACGUAUUACAUUAAAAUGAUGAUCUUAUUAUAUAUAAGAAAUGGAAUGCCAAAAUUAGCUCAAAGAACUUUGCCAUUACUUAUGAAUUUAUUAGCAGAAUCACAGAAAUAAAUUACUUAAAUAUAACAAUUAGCUUAAUUUGAUGAAUUUGAUGAUGUCUCCAAUUCAUAAGCUAAUUAAAUAAUUAAAUAAAUGCAAGACAAAAUCUCUGAAUGGAAUUGUAAUUCUUAAUUAUAGUAAAAAUCUAUCCUAAUUUACUUAAUGUCAUUUAUAAAUAAAGAGGAUAUUUUGAAAGAAAAGAUUCUAGAGUAGAGAAAGCCAUCAAUUAGGCUUGAAGGCAUCUUAACUUCAAAUAUUGAUUGUUAAAACAAAUAAGAAUUAGUCUAAAGUUCUCAAAAACUUCUUUAAAAGUAGCUUUCUGAUAAAAUAAUGACUUUUCCAAGUUGUUCAUAAAAGAAAUUGUUAUAGUAAUAAAAUUUUAAUUUACAAUAAAAUCAAAGUAUAAACAGUGGGAACAAAAAUAUCAGUUCUUCUUAAAUUCUAAAUGUGAAAGAAAAUGAACAUGAUAUAAUUUUGAGAAGCUUUAAUUAGAUGUAUUAUAAAUUCAGAGAAACCAAUUGUAUUGAGAAUUCUUAAAGCUUUGCAGAACAAAUCAUAUUUCUAUUAGGCGCUCUUUUUAAUGAUGAAUGCUAUGAUAAAAUGAAUGAGUUCUUGGAGAAAUUGAUUCAUAUCUUAUCAUCAAAUCACUUUUACAAAAGCAUUUCGUAUCAAUAAUUUUAUGUUAUUUUUGAUACUUUAAUAUUUAAAAUGGUUGAAUAAUCAACUAAAAAUAAUGUUAAGGAUGGAGCAUAGAAAUGCUGUUAUAAUUUAAUCAAUUCAAAUUUAAUCAAGAUUUUAAACAAUCAAGAUUUAUGUAAUCUAUAUUUAGCUUUCCUGGAUAUAUUAAUAAAAGUAAAAGAAUCUGACACUUAAACCAAAUAAUUUUAUGUAUUAGUAACCAAAUGUUUAAGUAAAUCUGCAGAUCAAUUAAAGGGAUAAUUCUAAUGGUCCUAAGUGUAAGCAAUUUUGGAAAAAAUUCAUUAAUAUUUGAGUAAAUCUCAACAACCUUAAGUAAACCUUGAAUACACCCAAUAUCAUAAUUGCUUAUUGAAUGCUCUCAAAACUACAGUAGUAUUUUUCUUUAACUACAAUGAUGGUAUUAAAGUGUAUUAAUUUAUCAUGCAAAACACUAAUGAAACCUCAAUUUUAAGAUAAUGGAUAUUAGAGGUAUAAGAAAAGAAUAAUACUCAUCUAAUAGUAGAUUUAGCUAAAUAUCGAAGAUCAAGAGACACAAAUUUUACUCAAAUAGUUGAAUUACUCAAAAUUGAUUUUGAUAAAACUGUAGAAUAAUUUGUACCCAUUGUAAGAAGAUAAAAUAUAAAUUGGAAACCUCUAGUUUAAUUUUUGAAUUCUGAUCAAAUAAAAUUUAUAGAAUAGAGAUUAGAAUAGACAUCGCAUAUGAAUAUUUUAGAAAAAAAAGUUGGUGAAUUGGAAAAGAUGCUUAAUUAAUGA